CGUCAUGGUUGGAGCGCUGCAUCGGAAUCAACUGCCGUGCAGCAGCAACGGUGUCCGUUCCGCCGUCGCUAAGCACCGUGUGCUCACAACAGCAACGGCUUGACUUUGUAACUUAUAUGGAGGUGGCGUAGGGCUGGAAACGAAGCCCAAUAGUUGGGGCCUAGCCCUGAUGAUCUCUCUUUAAGUGUCGUCUUGUCCCUUCAUGGCAAGAAAUUGUUCAAUUCGUGAAGUUACCUAGUUAUACAACUGCCGCGGUGGGGCCUGCUCUUGGUAUAGGGCACGAUAGCAAGAAUGUUACAAACAGGUCUUGCUCGUGUCGAACGCGCCUCCCCGGUACAAGUCUCCAGCCGCACAGAUAAGCUUAUGGCGCGUAUUGCCCUGGUAAUAGUAGCCAGCGGUGUACUAUACGGCUGCUACGCUAUGGGGGGACCGGUCUAUUGGAAGGUGUAUGCUACGCUUAUACACCCGUACCAGGACCAUCCUCCACCAGCUGCUGUUACAGCCGCACCAGUCUCGGGUGGUGUGAAUGGAACUGGAGGGGCUGCUGGGGCGGUGGUUAAGAGCUCGCCCUCCCCAUCAGCAUCGUCACCAUCUCCGUCACCAUCGCCUUCUCCAGUUAAGAAGGAGUUCAACCCGGAUGACUACCCUCUUACAAGGGAGCGCGUGCAGCCGCUGCUGCAGGACGGGUUGAUCAUGAUCACGUGGGCCAACCACCACUACCUGGACUUCGCCAAGAGUUGGGUAUACAACUUGAGAAAGUCCGGUGUGACCGGCUACAUGGUGGGCGCCAUGGACGACGACAUGCUGCGCGAGAUGGUGGCACUGGACUUCCACACCUGGCGCAUGAACACCGGCAUCACCAAGAAGGACCUGGGAUGGGGCAGCCAGAACUUCCACCUCAUGGGCAGGUUCAAGAUCAAACUCAUUCGCGACGUGCUGUCGCUCGACGUGAGUGUGGUGGUAUCGGACAUCGACACCGCCUGGGUGAAGAACCCCAUCCCGUUCUUCCACCGCUACCCCGAGGCGGACAUCCUGACCUCCACCGACCAGCUGGCGCCAACCGUCAGCGAUGACUCCCUGGAGCGCUUCCCGCAUGCGGGCUCCGCCUUCAACAUCGGCAUCAUGCUGUUCCGACCCAACAGCAAGGCGUUCGUGGACGAGUGGGUGAAGGCGCUGGAUGACCCCAAGAUGUGGGACCAAACCGCGUUCAACGACCUUGCACGCAAGGGUCACACCGUGUCCGAGGCGCCUAAGAACCUGUGGAAGGGCUACGAGGGCAAGCUGACGGUGGGGGUGCUGCCCUGCGCGCUGUUUGCGAGCGGACACACCUUCUUUGUGCAGCGCAAGUACUCGGAGCUGGGUUUGGAGCCGUACGUUGCGCACGCCACCUUCCAGUACAGCGGCACCCCGGGCAAGCGGCACCGCUUCCGGGAGGCCAUGCUGUUCGACGACCCGCCCGAGUACUACGAUGAUGCCAAGGGCUUUGUGACCAUCGACAUGGACAUCCCGCAAGCCCUGUUGGACGCCGCCGGCCGGCCGCUGCAGGGCCCCAUGACGGCCGACAAGCUGGGCGACCACUUUGCGCUGGUGCACCACCAGCUGCUGCGGCUGCGGGGGGCCAUUGCGGUGGCGCUGGUGACGGGGCGGGUGCUGGUGCUGCCGCCCAUUUGGUGCCAGCUGGACAAGUACUGGGCGCCGCUGUAUGAUGGCAACAUCCCCGGCUCCCACUGGCGCAAGCCCUUCAUCUGCCCAGCGGACCAUGUGUUGGACCUGGAGGGCGGCUGGCACCCGCACCGCCCCGAGUUCGGCAAGCACCUGGCGUAUCGGGAGUACUCGUUCUUCAACAACCCCAGGAUGAGCAAGGCGGUGAAUGAGAGCCGCGUGGUGCUGACGGUGUGCCAGCAGGGCGACAAGGACUGCGCACAGGGGGACGCGCCGGCACCGAUCAAGGACGGUGUGGUGCGGCUGGCCCCCCGGCUGCGCGACGACCAGCUGUACCGCGCGCUGGUGGAGGGGUCGGAGGUGGCGGGCAGGAAGGUGCUGGUGGUGCGCGGGGCGGCGGAGGUGUUCAAGGACUUUGUGAGCCCAGACGAGCAAUCUCGGUUCGAGAACCGUCUGAAGCACUACACCUCGGUCUUCUGCUGCUUGCAAGAGAACCCUGGGUGGAUCUGGUACGACUUCUUCGCUGACCGCCCGCACGCCGACCGCUUCAACCGCAAGUUCACCGACAAGUGGCUGCCCAAGCACGGAGACACGGACCGCAACGUGGCGGGCUACAAGGAGCCCCAACCGCUGGCUGCUGCUGCGGGUGCUGCUGCCACCGCCACCACACGUCGCGCCCUGCUAGCGGAGGAGGAGGAGGUGGCGGACGUGGUUGUGAUGUCGCGGGACCAGCACGUGGGGGCGGGGGGGCUGCGGGUGACGGAGCUGCAGGGGCAGUUGGGGCUGGGGCGUCGGCUGCAGGGCGAGGAGCGGGAGCAGCUGCAGGAGGUUCGCUUCCUGCAAGCGCUGGAGCUGGACGCCAUGUUCUCCGGGCCCUAGAGGCGGCAGCAGCAGCGACUUGGCAGCAGCAGUGGCAGAGCUCUAGACAGCUCUAGACUGUCUAGAGCUCUGGCUGUACGCAUGCUGUUCGUGUAGGCUGCGGGCGGGUGAAGUGAUUACAUGGAUAUAUGCAUAUGGACUUGGGGAGGAGUGCUGGUAUCGGUGAGAUGAAAUGGGACGGUUUGGCAGAGCUCUUAUGAGCUCUUAUGACGGCGUGAUGCCGUAACGCGAGAUCCGUGACUCCGAGGAGCAUCUCUAACUUGACACCAAGACCCGACAUGACGGUGUGAUGAGAUGGUAUAUUGCUUUUGCGUUUAUGCUGUACAUGGCACGUAGGGAUCGGCGGCCUUCCUUCAGUCGUGGCAUUACACUGCCGCAGCCUCACGUGCUGCUUGCUGCAACCACUCAGGGGUGGUGCACAGUAGGCCCCACAAGAUGAUAUCCACCGGAUUUUUAACAAACAUCAG